ACACACACACACACACAUGCAAUAAUAUCACCAGUAAAAGCAGAAGCACACUCACAGGUGCCUCAUUCUCAGUUAUUCAUCCACCAACACCAUGACUGGAAGAGUUUUUCUGCUGGGACUUCUGCUCAUCUGUGUCACUGCAGCUGAAGUGCAGAAGUCCGGAUUUGAGAGAAAGCCCACCUGUCCUGAUGAGGAGGUGAUCAUGGCAUGCCCUAUGAACCUUGCACCCGUGUGCGGCAGUGAUGGAAACACUUAUGCCAAUGAGUGUACCCUCUGUGCCCAGAGCCAAAAAAUCAAGAUGGACAUUAUGGUCGUCAAGGAGGAAAGUUGCUGAUCCGCUAGGCUGACCAUGCUGUCAUUAAGGAGGAAGACCUACACCCCUUGUCUCAAAUAAUAAAUGUCCUUACAACAAGA